AUGUCAGAAAGAGUCAGUAAAUUAGCUCGAGAGCCACUCGACUCCCACCUACGCGUCCUAUGUCCAGGACGUCUUGUCCACCUUGGUCCUGGCUCUGUCAGCUGUGAAUGUCGCCUGCCGGAAUCAGCCGUAGAAAAUUCUUCCCAGAGCUGUACUUCAGCAUCUCCUGUAGGUUCACAUGGGGUUUCCAGGCGCAAAAAAACCCAUACACCACUUUGUUCCCAGGCCGUAUCGGUCUCUAAUGCCGACCCGCAAUCUAGAUUCGAAGUAGCCAAGCUAUCGACUGAAGAUCGGCUAGCUUUCUUUGAGCGUUACGGCUUCGUAUCUGAUGUGGAUCCACGAAAGGCCUAUCAACCAAAGCUUAGCACCCCGGAUAUUCUUUAA